GACUGCAGCCGGCCCGGCCCGAUCCGCGGCAGGGCAGCGGCUGGGGAGCGAGCAUGCGGCGGCGGGGGGAGGACGGCUGAAGAGCGGCGGCUGCGCCUCCUCCUCCUCCUCCUCUUCCCUCGUUCUCCUCCUCCUUCUCCGCUCGUCUUGCCAGGGCUUCGCCGUCGGGGCUGCGGGAGGAGCCCGGCAGGAAGAUGGAGCCGUUCCCCAGCGUGCCUCCCCUGUCUUCUACCUCUUUUGCUGGCCAUGCAGCUGCAGCACUUGCCAUGGCUGGGGUUGGAGCUGUGUACUGACUGGUUGCUGCCUUUGCAAGUGGUUAAGAUAUCAAAUUCAGUUACCCAGAAAUAUGAUUGAAAACAGUAUGUUUGAGGAAGAGCCCGAUGUGGUUGACUUGGCAAAAGAGCCUUGUUUACAUCCCCUGGAGCCUGAUGAAGUUGAAUAUGAACCAAGAAGCUCACGGCUCUUGGUGCGUGGCCUUGGGGAGCAUGAAAUGGAUGAUGAUGAAGAGGAUUAUGAGUCAUCAGCAAAAUUGCUGGGAAUGUCCUUCAUUAACAGAAGCUCAGGUCUCCGGAAUAACAUGGCUGGCUAUAGACAAAGUCCAGAUGGAUCAUGCUCGGUGCCCUCUACAAGGACCAUGGCGGUUUGCACUGUUGUUCUUGUGAUUGCGAUUUCAGUAAUAAUGGUGAUUUAUCUUCUUCCCAAAUGUACCUUUACCAAAGAAGGCUGCCAUAAAAAAAAUCGUACAAUGGAACUAAUAUACCCUUUGGCAACCAAUGGAAAACUGUUUCCGUGGGCGAAAAUGAGACUUCCUUCUGAUGUUGUACCACUGCACUAUGAUCUUGAGUUGCAGCCAAACCUUACUACUCUGAAAUUUUCAGGAUCUGUAAAGAUAGUGGUUAAUGUUCUCCAGGUAACUAGGAAGAUUGUGCUUCACAGCUCAGGACUUAAUAUCACCAAGGCAUCCCUUACUUCAACAGGAGGAAGUCAAGCAAAGCCAGUUGAAUUGCUGGAAUAUCCAUUGCAUGACCAGAUUGCAGUCAUGGCUCCUGAGGCUCUCCUUGUAGGACAGAAUUAUACUGUCAACAUAGAAUAUUCGUCUAAUUUAUCGGACACCUACUAUGGCUUCUACAAAAUUUCUUACAAGGAUGAGAAAUCUAAACAAAGGUGGUUUGCAGCAACUCAGUUUGAACCUCUGGCAGCAAGGUCUGCUUUUCCAUGCUUUGAUGAACCAGCAUUGAAAGCUACUUUUUUAAUCAAGAUCAAGAGAGAUGAGAAACUUACUGCUCUGUCAAAUAUGCCAAAGAAAGCCACUACUCGUGUGACAAAUGGAAUUGUCCAAGAUGAAUUUUUUGUGAGUUUGAAGAUGAGCACCUACCUGGUAGCCUUUGUUGUUGCAGACUUGAAAAACGUCAGUAGAGAAACUAAUGGGAGUCUGGUAUCUGUCUAUGCCAUACCACAGCAUAUAAACCAAGUAGAGUAUGCUCUAAACACAGCAGUGAAACUUCUGGAAUUUUAUCAAAAGUACUUUUCAAUAAAUUACCCUCUUGAAAAAUUAGAUCUGGUAGCAAUUCCUGAUUUUCAGUCUGGUGCAAUGGAAAACUGGGGCUUGGUCACCUUCCGAGAAACAACACUGUUGUAUGACAGUAAAACUUCUUCAGCAAGGGAUAAAAAGCUAAUAACUGCAGUGAUAGCUCAUGAGCUUGCCCAUCAGUGGUUUGGCAAUCUAGUAACUAUGGAAUGGUGGAAUGAUCUCUGGCUGAAUGAGGGAUUUGCCACUUUCAUGGAGUACUUUGCCAUGGAGGAGAUUUUUCCAGAAUUACAUUCAGAUGAAGAUUUCCUAAAUCUAAUAUUCAAGGCUAUGAUGAAGGAUUCCAUGAAUUCUUCACAUCCAGUCUCUUCGGCUGUUCAGUCAUCAGAGCAAAUUGAAGAAAUGUUCGAUGCACUUUCUUACAUCAAGGGGGCUUCACUUCUGUUGAUGCUGAAGCACUAUCUCACAAAGGAUGUUUUCCAAGCUGGCAUUGAGGUAUAUUUGCAUAAUCAUGACUACAGAUCUGCUCAGAGUGAUGACUUGUGGGACAGCAUGAAUGAGAUCACCAAUGGAACGCUAGAUGUAAAAAAGUUAAUGAAAACGUGGAUUCUGAAUAAAGGAUUUCCUUUGGUGACUGUUGUCCGAACAGGAAGGAAUAUCUCUAUACAGCAGGAAAAAUUUUUAUAUCGUGUGGAACCAGAAAAUUGGACAUCAGAUGCAAAUUACCUGUGGCAUAUUCCUCUCACCUACAUGACUAAUAGGUGCAACUUUACCCAUUGUAUUAACGCAUACUUACUGGACCAGAAGUCAGCUGUCAUUGAACUUCCAGAAGAGGUGGAAUGGAUAAAAUUCAACGUGGACAUGAAUGGUUAUUACAUAGUACACUAUGCGGAAGACUGGAAAACACUGAUUGAUCUGCUGAAAAAAAACCACACUGCUCUGAGUGCUAAAGACAGAGCUAAUCUGAUCAACAAUAUCUUCAACCUUGCAAGUCUAGGAAAAGAGCCUUUGGAAAAGGCCUUUGAGCUGAUCGAUUACCUUACAGAAGAGAGCAGUACUGCACCACUCACUCAAGCUUUGUUUCAGCUGAGUCUUAUCUACAACCUUUUAGAGAAAAAGGGUGAGCAACAACUGGCAGCACGUGUGAUGUAUAGAAUAGAAUACCUGCUUGGAAAUAAAAUUGACCAACAGCAUUGGACAGAUAAUGGGACUUUGUCUGAACGAGAGCUCCGGUCAAUACUACUAGCUUUUGCCUGCACCCAUGAUAUAAGACAAUGUAGAACAGCUGCCACUGAGAUGUUUGAGAAGUGGAUGAAGUCUAAUGGAACAAUGAGUCUGCCUAGUGAUCUUAUGAAAGCCAUAUUUAUAACUGGAGCCAAAACUAAUGAAGGCUGGGAAUUCCUCCUAAAGAUGUACUCCUCUUCAGUUUCUGAAGCAGAGAAAAGCAAAAUGAUUGAAGCCUUGGCGAGCACAGAUGAUGUCAGAAAGCUCAUCUGGUUAAUGCAGAACAGCCUUGAGGGAGAAGUCAUCAGGGCACAGGAGCUUUCACGUAUCGUAGCAACUGUUAGCCAGAGUUUCCCUGGAUAUUUGUUGGCCUGGGACUUUGUUAAAGAGAACUGGGAAAAACUUACAAGAAAGUUUCAUCUAGGCUCAUAUACUAUCCAGAACAUCAUUAGUUCAUCAACUUCUCAGUUUGCUACAAGGGCGCAUCUACUUGAGGUGAAGACGUUUUUUGAAUCAAAGUCAGAAGAGAGUUCUAAACUGCGUUGUGUAAAAGAGGCACUUGACACGAUUCAGCUCAAUAUCCAGUGGAUGGAGAGGAACUUAGCAAAGCUACAAAAAUGGCUGUAGUGCAUGUUACACUAUGGAGUGUCAGCCAUUUAGGAAAUCUGUGGACAGUUGCUCUGUUUCUUUUGCAAAAGCCAGGGUGAAACCAGGCAUUGCUGCAACAUUGUUUGCACUAUUAGAGAGUCUAGAUAGCUCAGGGCAUGUCUCACAUAAAUUUUGAUUUCCCUUGAAGCAUUUAUGAGCAGGAUGUAUUUAUUCUGAAACUGUUUUCAUCUAUAGACCAAACAUCUCCAUAAAUUAUAUUAUAUAUAUGAAAUUUAAUACCCUUUCAUUUGGUUGUCAUGUUCUAGUUUUUCAGCAGCGUGUUGAUAUUGACAGAUAAGAGCAGAAAGAAAGAAAGUUACCAUGAACUGUUAGCUUUUUGCACACUGCUGGGUAAUUAGUAGGGCUUUGUUAAUGCAAAAAUAUAGGUAGUUUCCACAUUUGUAGAUAGAGAAGCUUUGUGAAACAAAGUCAUGCGUAGGAUACAUAAGUAUUAGAGGAUCUCAUAAAGUACAGCGGUUUGAGGAGAGGUAAAUAAGGUCUGGAUUUGAAUUCAGUUUGGACUUCUGAUUUUUCACUGUGUUGUUGAGGAAUUACAUGAAAAAUAAGAAUAAUACGUCAUGCUAAUCAUACACACUUUGAUGUUUAAAGUGGCUGGGCACUAAUAGUCUGCAUGGAAAGGAGAAAGCCAGACAGCAAAAACAAAUGUUUUAGAGAUGGAAUUUCCAAAAACAUUGAUGGGGCCUUGGAACUUUUACUCUGAAUUUAUUAGACAUUUUUGAGAAUUGUGUUGUUAAACAUUGGAGUGUAACUGAUGUUGCUGCAUAGAUCUGUGAGCAACUGCAUAAAACUGCCAUGAGUUGUUGUUAACAGGCUGGUUUAUCUGUUAGACUGACUACUGAUUUGUCUACUUCUGACUACUGAUUUUUAAUUUCACCACUUGUUCCAGAUGUCCUGCAAUAAGUCAGUGUAUCAGCCACUUCAUUUGGUUAAGUUUAUGCUUUUUUUCCCUUGCCUGUUACCUUUGAUAUCACAGUAUAAUUUGUGUAUAUUGCUUACCCAGUAUAGCUUUAGAAAGCUUCUCAUUUAGAUUUUAAUGGUUUGUUCUACUGUUGUGAAAAACCUUGUGUGACAAAUCUUCAUACUCUUUAAAAGAAGGGGAUCUAAAUCUUCAUACUUUAAAAGAAGGGGAUCUAAAUCAUCAUACUCUUUUUAAAAAGGGGGAUCUAAAAGCAGAGACGGGCCACAUUAGAAAGCCAAAAUACCAAUUGUACAAUCUUGUCUUUCAAAAGCAGUGAGAAAGGCCAUUUUUGAGGUAUAGCAUGUACAUAAAACAUAUGCAAGAGUAAUCAUACUUGUUUAUGUGGAGUUCUGAUGUUUCAAAUGUUCAUUUCAUUACUGUUGCACCUUUUGUGGAUUGAUGCAAGCAGAUCCAGACCCGUUGUCUUAUCAGCAUCCAAUAUGUGAUUCAAUAUGAAAACAUUAACAGUUAAAAGUUGAAAAGUUUGAACAACACAAAGUUUUAAUUUCAGUCACAGCAAAUUCUGAAGAAGAUAAUAAUUUGAAUGAGAGUUAAAUUAGUGGACGUGAAAAUUUGUCACAGGCAAUUCAAACUGAAGGCUUUAAUUGAUGAAAUUGCAGCAUUGGCUGCUUAUUUAAUCAGAAGAAAUUGUAAGCUGUGAUUGCUUAAGCCAUGCCAUACUUUUCCCAUCCUUCCAGAAUGGGAAAUUCUUUCUUGGAAAAGAAAUUCCUUAUGUUUUCACCAGUUCACAUUUAAAAACUAUGUCUGCAGUUCUAAUCUUGAAAUUAUUAGGAAGUGUGUUAGAUUCUGAGGGUGCACAAACAUUUGUUUGCCCCAGAGGCCCAGAAAAGAGCAAUUUUCACAAGUACUGAAGAAGGAAUGUAAGCGCUGAAAAUAGGUCAUACUAUCCUAAUUCCAUAAAUUAUGCAAUUAGAAUGGUAAUUAGCUAUGCUCUCUGAUUAUUUUUUUUACAAACUUCCAUGUCUUGUGGUAUUAUUUCUUUGUUUAUUUUAAACCUUUAUGCUCUCUGCAGAAAUACAAAUUCCAUAUUUGUAUAUUUGUGUGUAUAUAUGUAGUUGUCAUCUAUUUUCCUUUACAGUCACUUCUUAAUAUUAAAUGAGGAGACAGUAGUAUGCUUUCACUUUUCUAUCCCCUCACACUUCUUUUUAUUUCAGCCCUGACUAUAGUACUGAGGCAUAUAAAAUUUCAAAUGGAAACUCCGGAGGAAGAUCCCAUCUUCCUCCUGAUUUCUGCUGUAGGAUUAUAGAAGUGUAAGGUUUUAUUCAGAUGCUUGACUGAUAAUUAGUUCUUUGCAAGGAAAUAGCAUGCAGCUGAGUUUUAGAUUGCAAACUGUACCAAGAAUGUCUGGAAAGUCAGGGGAGGGGGGGGGAUGGUUUUUGAAUAAUUUUUCAUUUCACUUUUUGCUGCAUUUGAUGGCUUUUUUUUUCUAAUAGGUAAUAACUUCAGUGUAUCAGUUGUAGAGGUUUUUAAAUUAUUUUUCUGUCACGGAGUCUAUAACCUUAAUAAAAACUGUGCUGGAGUCCUUCUUCCAAGUUAAAUGCUUAAAUAUACUCCUCUGUUAGUGAGAUUAUUGGGAACUGAUGAAGGUUGGAAUGGCUAAGGCAUGAGCAAUGAAUUGCCCUUUAGAGCCACAUCUGUCAUGCCUUACUGCAAAGGAAUGAAAUCUUGCUAGUUCCUUGAGUUUUCUUUGGCUUCUGGUCAAAUGAAAAACAUAUUGUAGCCAAUAGGACCUCUUUACUUAAUUUCCGUAGUAUUUUCUAGCUAAAACUUACCGAGCUAAUGUUUUUUUUAUAUAUCUUAGGCCAUUCUUAUUUUACAGCAGAAGAGCUUUGCAGGGAAAAACUGUGAGUUCAAAUGCUACUAGCUUUGUAUCAUGUCCUGCAAUGUAAAAUUACAGUGUUUAAUAAAUUGGAACUACAGUAUAUGUUCAGAUGGGCUACAUCAAUUACCGUCUUCAAAGCCAUUAUGUACUGAUUGUCUGUUAUUUUCCAGUAUCCUCUGUUUAUAAUGAAUGCACUUCUUAUUUUAAGAGCUAAUUGUGGUGAAAAGCAAAUAUGCAUGUAUAUAUUUUUUACUUCUAUAAAUAAAUACUUUUCCUAUGUAAAAUUAGCCUACCAGGAAAAGUGUAAGCAAGCAAUUGAGCUCUUAACUUCGUCUCUGGAAAAAGGAUUGCUCCCUCUGCCAGCUCAGCUUUUAUUUUUAUUUAGAGAUGGAAAAAGUGCAAGCAGUGUAGGAAAAGCAUGAGACUUCUUCUAAUAUGUGAAAAGACAGUAACAUGUAAUGAAGGAGUUUAAAAUAGGUCUAGUUUUUCUGUGUAACUGGUCAUAGAGAUAGAGAUAGUCAUUGUGCCUUAUGGCUUAUAAUUGAAGUGAUACGCUAGACAGUAUGUUAGAACAAACAUCCUGUUUUCUUGCAGGAGCCAACUGAGGUCUUGUUCUUAGAGGUUGAUGAGAAUUGUUUUUCUGAGCAGUAUUCAGCGUUGCUAACGGGAAGGCAGACUACAAUUGCUGAGGGUUCGUCCUUAUUAUACAGAUUGUUUCACAGGUAGCUGAAAUUUGUCAGAGGGAGUACACUGAGCAGUGUUGGCUUUUGUUGCGUCCUAUAACUAUGAUAUAAAACUGUACUUCAGCAUAUAAAUUUUCCAGUUAUGGAACUACUACAUACAUAAACUUUCAUAAAAUAAUGUUGCAUCUCAUCCUAAGUAUUGUAUUGAUGUCAAGCUCAUUCUGUUGUAAACUAAUCGUUCUAGAAGAAACUUAAACUUUCUUCUUGUCCGCUCCUAUAUGGAAAUCACUCAUUUGCUAGAGAGCCAGCUUGUUUGGACUGGAAUUUCUGCAUUAAUUAUCAGACUUGGCACUCAGAAGGUGUAGAAAGUUACUGUCUACCAUAGAAAGGAGAACUGUUCAGAUCUUGUAGUAUUUGAGACACUUAAUUCUGAACAUACAUUGUAGGAAUGAUCUAUGAAGAAACUAAUCAUGGGAGUAAUAAUUUUCUUUUGUUGGCUAACAGAUGUAGGAAGUGUAACUUGAAUCUGUAUCUUUUACCUUUGGUGGAACAUUCCAUUUUCUGACAGGUUGUACCAUCCUUCCUUUGCUUUGCUGGAAGAUAUUCUUCUUUGCACUCUGAAAUUUAAAUUAAUGCUCAGUAACCAUUCUUAUUUGUAUGCACUUGUUGCAUUCAGUCAUGUAUAUUUUAGCUUUUCCACAUAUUCCUGAUUCAUGCGUCAUGUAGUACAUUCAGUUCUCCACAUGCUAAACGUUUAUUGUUUGACAUUUUGACAAGUGCAUACAUAAACUUAUUUUUAAUAGUUAUAUUUAUACCUAUCAUUUUCAUCAAGAUGCUACUAAAUGUUCAAAGAUUUUUGUUACUUUUUUAUGUCAUGGAGUCACAUGAUUUCUGGGGGGAAGAAAGUACCUUUACCAUAGUAAACUCUCAGGUCAUAUUGCUAAAGAAUUUAAAUCUCUAAUUUUGCUGUGUUAUUUAAAUCUGCUGUUGUAGUAGAUAUAUUGACUUUUAUAUGUGACAAUUUAACUUUGAUGCAGAAUAGGAGGCAGGCAUCUUUUUCUGAAUUAGUAAUGGUGGCAUUAAACAAAUCACAAUACAAUCUUAAGUAUAUAGUUUUAUAAAAAAAAAAUAUAUAUAGUGGCUUGAAUGGAUUGAAACACAGUAAUUCAAAUUGAAUUUGUAAAAACGAAGUACAGAUUUUCCAUUCAAAGAAUUGGAGACUGGAGGAGUUUGAGUAUAUAAUGUCAAACAAAUUUUUGCAGUGAGAACUGAGCCCUGUCUUCAUUAAGUCAAGGUUAAGUUAUGUAUCCCUGAAAAAUACCUUAAAAGUUAAUUUGGAAAUGCUGUAUACCGUAGGUACUUGUAAUGGGUUAGUCUUUGUAUUUUAAACACUGUAAAAAUAUAUAAGACAAUGUAAAUUCACAGGUGUCUGAACUGUGAGUGGUAACAUUUCAGGUUGUAAAAUACCUGCCUUCAGAUGGGGAUUUGAAUAUCGUUUGUGUGUGUGUGUGCGUGUGUAUGUAUAGAUAGAUAUAAAAUAAGUUGUCUGUUUCAUUUGUAAAGGGAAGAGAAGCUUAUUUUCUUUAUAUUUCAGAGAAAUGUUUUUGCAUAUUACCAGCACUGAUUUGAAAGGCAUGUGUACUGCAAACACUAUUGCUUUUUGUGAGAUGGAAAUAAAGUAUUUCAAUAUAA